UUCUAUUAGAAUAAAAAAAACUAAAAAUGUCGUUUAUAAUUAAGUUUAUAACUGUAUCCUUGGUGGUGUUGCUCUGUGUCAUCUUCAGUGUUGUAAUGACACAUGUUAUAAGCGGUAAUCCGGAGCGUGCAGAUUUAACUUGGAUAUUACGCACAACAAGUCCACAUAUGUGGGGUGGUCUGGGUGUAGGCCUAGCUGUUUCCCUAUCUGUUGUCGGUGCAGCCAUUGGCAUCUAUGUUACUGGCACAAGCAUUGUUGGUGGCGGUGUGCGCACACCGCAUAUAAAAACCAAGAAUCUAAUCUCAAUUAUCUUUUGUGAAGCCGUUGCCAUUUAUGGACUUAUUAGCGCUGUUGUAUUCUCGGGCAAUCUGAAGGCAUAUGAACUGCAUCACACGAUCAACCACCGGGAGCACAUGACUAAAAAUACGUAUGCUGGAUUUGCUACUUUUGGCGCUGGACUGGCUGUAGGAUUGGUUAAUCUCAGUUGCGGCAUUUGCGUGGGCAUUGUGGGCUCAGGCGCCGCAUUAUCGGAUGCAGCCAACUCUUCUCUGUUUGUCAAGAUUCUAAUUGUGGAGAUCUUUGGCUCCGCUAUUGGCCUAUUUGGACUAAUUGUAGGCGUAUACAUGACCUCGGCAGCAGAAAUGGUCAGCUAAUUUAUGUUAACGUAAUUUAUUAACAAUUGUAAUCAUCUUAAAUACUAAUCUUCAUCGCCCUCUGA